AUGACUCAAGACAAAUAUGUUUAAAAUGAUAUGAUUACAUUAUGGUAAUGUUCGAUAACUCAAAUAAAUACUGCAAUCUUAAAACCUGUUAAUCAAGAAUAAAGAUAAACAUCAAAAAUCACUUAGAUUCCAAGUAUGAUCUAUUCAUAAUUGAGCAAAUCGAUUACAUAUAAUUUAACUUAGUGUUCUUUCUAAUUAUUAGUAAAAAAAUAAAAUGAAAGAUAAAAAAACACAAUAGAAAAAUAAAAUUAGCAAUCAAACAAUAAAUUUCCAAUUUAACAUAGAUAUUAGAUAGAUGAUAAUAAAAAAUCCCUUCAUACAAUUCCAAAAAGAUAUAGAAGCAUAUCAAGCCAAUAUUCUCCUACAAAUCUUUAACAUUAUUUAAAUCAAAAAGAAUCAAAUUUGAGUGUUAAUAAAAAAUGGUUAUAAGUUUCACCUCACAAAUAAUCACAUAGUACAUAAUUAAGAGUAUAAGCUUAAUUGAAUGCUUAAUAAGUUAAAUAAAAUUUUAUCGAUAGAUGUAGAACUACAACAGGAUCUUUAGCAAAUAAACAUAUACUCCUGAGUUCAAAAUUUUUGAAUUUUUAAGCAUUAGAAUAUUGA